AUGGGUAUCGCUCGUGAUAGGAUUCACAAGCGUAGCAAAACUGGCGGUCGCCGUGAGCGAAACCGCAAGAAGAGGAAGUUCGAGUUGGGUCGUCCAGCCGCCAUGACCAAGCUUGGUCCUAGACGUAUACGCACGGUGCGUGUGCGUGGUGGCAACCUGAAGUAUAGAGCCAUGCGCCUAGAUCAAGGCAACUUCAGUUGGCCAUCCCAAGCGAUCUCUCGGAAGACUCGUAUAAUUGAUGUCGUGUACAAUGCGUCCAACAACGAGUUGGUACGUACAAAGACACUAGUCAAGAACGCUAUUGUGCAAAUCGAUGCUGCCCCCUUCCGACAGUGGUAUGAGGCUCACUACCUCAAAGAACUUGGCCGCCAUCAGCCCAAGUCCGGCAAACAGACACAGCAAGCUGCCGAGACCCAAGAAGAUGACGUUCUCCUCAAGAAGCGCAGUGAAUCUGUCAUGAAGAAGUAUGAAGCCCGACAGAAAUUGCCUAUUGCUACAGUUGCCGAGCCUUUGAGGGACGAAUUCAUGUCCGGACGCCUUUUGGCUUGUAUCGCCUCCCGACCAGGUCAGGUUGGCCGCGCUGACGGAUACAUCCUUGAGGGCAAGGAACUGGAGUUCUAUUCGAGAAAGUUAAAGGCUAGAAAGGCUAAGUAA